CAGCUGAACCAUUGGAAGCCCCGAGAUCCGCGGGACACGUUCCCGAUAUCGAAAAAAGAAGAACGAACAACCGUACGAAACGUUGUCACGCGAAAUCUCGAAAAGCGAUCGGCAAUUCGAACGUCCCCGAAAAUUGGAGGCCGGUGAGCGCGGAAAAAGGAAAGCCCAUUCGUUCGGUGUCGAGAUUCGAGUAAAAAGUUUUCGUCGCCAGUUUUCGAAAUCCAUCGAUCUCCCCCGGAUAUUUUAGAUAUUACGCGAAGUGUUCGUUAUUUUCCUUUCGUUCGUUCGAGUAAGUUCUUCGAGCAUAGAUUUUAUUUUCAGACGAAUCGUUUAAUUUUGUGAAUCGCACUUUCACGAGAUGACGGAUGUGAACAGCAACAAAGUGUCGGCAGGAUCUUCGAAGAGAUCGUACGAGCAGGCGAAGAAGGAGCUUCAAUCGAUAGUGUGUAGAAUCGAGGGGACGGGACUGACGAACAGGACGCUGAAGCUGUUCCACGCGCAGUCCUUGCUGCGUCCGGGAGGAUCGAAGAUCCGCAAGAGACACCUGUGGAUCCUGUUGAUCCUCGCGUGGAUUCUGGGUCAGAUCUCGUGGAACUACAUUCGAGCUGCUCGUUACGAUAGAUGUCUGGCGGAGCUGCCAUCGUUCACGCAGAAAAUUUUCCGGCCGGCGGAGGAUUGCUCGAUUUGCCGGGACGUUCAACAGGUUGACAGGAUAUCGAACGUGGUUCCUGGGACUUUCGAGGAACGUUACGCAUAUUCCGGGAGGCCAGUCGUGAUCACCGACGCCAUGACGAAUUGGACAGCUCCGAAAGUGUUCUCCUUCUCGUUCUUGAAGUCGCUGUACGACGGGCAGAACGCUAAUUGCCAGUUCUUCCCGUACAGAACCGAAUUCAAGAACCUGCAGGAUGUUUUCAACAUGAGCGAGAGCAGAGCGUCGAUGGAAAAGGGAACGGAACCGUGGUACGUCGGUUGGAGCAACUGCGACGAGAAAAUCGGAAACAUCCUCAGACAACAUUACCAGAGACCCUAUUUCCUGCCAUCCACAGCCGAAAGCGAGAGGACCGAUUGGAUUUUUAUGGGAAGCCACGGCUACGGGGCUCCGAUGCACGUGGACGACGUGGAGCAUCCGUCAUGGCAGGCGCAGAUAAAGGGUGCGAAAGUGUGGAUCCUAGAACCGCCUAGGGAAUGCCAUUACGUCUGCAACAGGCUGGAGAUAGUGGUGCAACCUGGUGAAAUCAUUGUUCUAGACACGAACCGCUGGUACCAUCAAACGCAAAUCGUUUCUGAUGACAUGAGCAUCACCAUUGGGGCAGAGUACGAUUGAGAGGGACUCUGCGAUUAUUCGAAACG